CUAAGUUUUUCAUUUCAUUAAAAAAUGAUCAAAAUUAAAAGUGUUUAAAAUCAAGAAAUGUAUGGUAGUGUGGGCUAUAUAGAAACAUCACUUGCCAGUAAAAAGGGUACUGGUAAGUGACGUCACACGAGACUUAAUUUCACUGUAUCGCCUUCAAUUUUUAUUUACAAUAUUUUUCGAAAAUCUGCCUGACGUAUUGAAAAUUUAUUUUUUUGUCAAAUACCCUAUUUUAAAAGCGAGACAGCGCUAUUCACAGCGUAAAGCGACGACCUCCCUUCCACUUUAAGGGGUGCUGGGCCCAGGUAGCGAUUACCUAUUGUUUCAUGUCUAUUGUAUAUAUCUCGCAUUUAUUUAGAAUAAGGAAACAUGUUCUUCCAAUCGAAUUAUGUUAGUUAGCUAAUCUUGCGAUGUAUAUAAUCUGUUAAGUAUAUUUAUGUAUAAGAAAGUGUAUACAUUUAGCAAUCUGGUUUAGUAAUGUAAUCAUAAUGUUCAUACAACGCCAUCUAGUCUCAAACUAAACUUUGUAUUACGAGGACUAGACAAUUGAUCGUGCUCAAAAUAUUUUUCCUGACCGGGAAUCGAACCCACAACCUCCGCUAUAGCAGUCAGUGCAACUAACCAGUCCAAAGGUGAACUCAUAUAAGAGUUCUUAAUGGAGAUAUAAAAUUGUAUAUUUUGCUUAAUGUAUACAUUUACUUUUGCUGACCGAACGACAUCUUUAUAUUAGCUAAUACCUCUUUACUCUGUUAAAUGGUCUAAUUAUAUAUAAAUGUUAAAAUAAAGAUUCAAAAUAUGUUUGUUUGUCGACUUCUAUCAAUUCGCCGACAUUUAUAAAGUAUAUUCUACCUUCUCCAUUGUUCAUUAAUAUAAUUAUUUAUGAACCAGAUAAAUGUCUGAGUAUGUAUGGAAAAUGAAAGAUGAAUAUAGAAAAUUAGCUUUUUUAUAUUAUUUAUUUGCAAUAUUGAGUAAUGUGUAAUGCUUUUAUUGCUUUAUUAAACGUUAUUCUGAAACGUCACUCAGUUUGUGUAUGUUAAUGAAGAAUAAAGAAAUUUUCUCACAGGCUGUCAGUACCAUUAUCUACAUAUAGUUCGCAACAUAACUUUUUAAUUAAUAUCGCAAAUAAACAAUGUAUUAUUUUAUUUCUUUUGACAUUUAUUUUCAAUCUGUAGUUUCAAUAAUAUUUACAAAUUUUCUAGAAAAUGUUACUUAUGGUGCGCCGGGCGUUAUGGUAUGUUGGUCUAAAUACAAAAGAUAAUUAUUAGAUAAUAUUCUUUAGUUAAUUAGGAAAUGUUAACUGUACUUUAGAUUGAUAUUUGUAUAAAAAGCAAUUUACAUUUUUGAUUGAUUUUUGUCAUCGUCGCUAAUUUUUGUGUUAACUGUACUUACACUUCUAAUUCUUCUUUAAUUAAAUUGUUAUUUAACUAAUCCGGAUAAAACAAGAUAUUAGUAGAAAAUAUUUUUUUUAAAUUUCAUUUUAGCUUACUCAACCUGUGUUUAAUAUAUUUAGAAAAGUUAUAGAGCAAGAAACUGUAAGCAUUUAUUUGGCAAUUAUCAUCAUUAAUAAACUGGUAAUCGUUAAUAAUUUAUAACUGUCAAUUAAUUUUAAAUUAGGCUAAAUUAUAUUAAUAUUUGUUAAUCAAUUGGAACAGAAACUUAGAAAAAUAAUGACUUAAAACAAUGUCUACUUAACGUACAAAAUUGUACUUAAUUUGUUCAAGCAAUCACGCAAUUCUAGACUCUACCUACUUAAUGUUAAGGUUGAUAUUUAUAUAAUUUAUACAGAAAUGUGAUUAUAGAAUCUGUUAUUUUUAAUUUCACACUGUUCCGAAUCUCUGCACAUUUGUUUAUUGUGCAAGGGUGUUAAUGAAAUAAAUAAUUUUUCAUAUUUUUUUUCUUUCUUUUUCAUUACCUUUGUUUUUCAUAGACGGUAUUCUGUACGAUCUGUCUGUAAAAUUCUAUGUAUGACACAUGUUCGGAAUAUUAAAAUACAAAUACAACACAGCCAAGGGCGACACAUUAUGUCAAUAGUAAGUCCAAGGAAAUGUUCGAACGCCAGCCGUCGAUGAAUCAUUCAAAAUAAAAUUUUAAUUAGGUAAUUACAGCCCAGCUCAAACUUACUAGGACCCUAUCGAAUAUUUACCGAUCCUACCCUGUAAUUGAUACAUACUUUCAUAGAAUUCUAAAGUUUUGGACGCGACAAUUACGGUAAAUGUAACUGGCAUGAAUAAAAUAUUGUCGCCUUGGGGCUGUCGUACUGAAAAAUUAUCAUGACCCUAAUCGAAAGCAUUUUGAAGUCGGCAAAUAUCGUCAUCAGUCACUUGCAAGAGCAACACUUGCAUUUUAUACGGCAAUUAGUGUUCAUUGAGGGGGACACAUUUAAUUAUUCAUUCGGUUGUUUGUCCCCCUCCGAUGGGUGUGUUGUGGAGUGUCAGAGCGAGACGGGUGCUGUUCUGUGGGCUGCGGCGGCCCGGAGAGGUGUUUCUCCUAGUCGUGCGCGAGGGCUUCGACGAGGCGGUUGGCCCGCGAUGCCAGGAAGAUUCAAACCGCUCGCAGAAAUGCUAUCACGAAGGCACAACUUCCGAAUAAGUCAAACGAAGUCGAUCAGUUAAAAGUUAUAAUGAGAUAAUUUUCAAUUUAAACAGUUUUAUGUUUAGUUUCGUUUUGAAGUUCGUCCACGAAGGUCGCGUCCUUCAAUCGAUAAACUAUUAAUUGCCGCGUGUGAUUGCCCGUGGCCGGUAGACAACGGAACUACACGCGUGUUUUGGAUGUAUAUUCUAUUUGUAAAGUGCCAAUUAAAAACAUUAGUCAUAAUUUUUUAUCGCGGACCCAGUGUCAGAAACUUUGUUGGUGAAAAGACUUUGCAUUUAAUUCGCAUCUUCAUGGAAUAUGGGCAUCUGUUUAGACACUGAACAAAAAAAUGAGUUGGAGACGACGACCGGGGAGCGCAGCCGAGGCGAGAGCGCGUGGGCCGGGCGCGCCACGCCGUCUGCCGCCGCCUUCCCCAUGCAGAACUCCAGCCACGUCAAGUUCGAACCGCCGAGCGUGCCUGUUAUAUUUAUACUGGGUGGCCCCGGCAGCGGAAAGGUGACGCACUGCGACAACCUGAUGCAGGAGCGGCGCGGCGUCGUGCACAUCAACAUGACAGACCUUCUGCAGCAGUACGCCAUCGGGAACGACAUGCAAGACUUCGGCACGCUGUCCAGCAAGACGGUGACGGAGGUGCUGAUGCUGGAGAUGAAGAUGGCUCCCACCGCCAAGACUUACCUCGUGUCCGGCUACCCGCGCUCCAUGCGCGACGUCGCCGAGUACUCCGACAAGAUCCAGACCAUAAACGGCGUGGUCCUGGUGAGCUGGCGGCAGCGUGUGCUGGAGCGUCAGAUCGAGUACGGCGCGCGGCUCGGGCACGUCGUGCUCAGCCUCGCGCGCAUGGAGCUCACCAACUUCUACAAGAACGUCAUGCCAGUCGCCGAUUACUUCGACCAGACUAACAUGCUGAUAGCGGUAAACGGCGAACGGAAUCCAGAUGAAGUAUACAAAGACUUUCGAGCCGCGGUCCUUCAGAUCCUGGGUACGACAGAGGACCACUCCACUAUGAACGGAGUCAGCGGCGUGGGGGUCGGCGCUGGUGGUAUACCAGGAGAGAUUGUUGGAGUAGAGCCGGCGCCGGCGCAGGAUAGAGAUAGAGAAGAUAGGAGAGAGGAGAAUGGGGUGCCGGCGGUGCCGACUGUGAUGACGGUGCCGGUAGCCCUGCCGAUCAUGAUGCCGCAGCCCGUGCAGGAGACGGGCACGGAGAGAGUCGUGACGCCAAAGGCUGAGGUGAUAAGAGUUCGCGGAGAGACGACGACGCCAGCGCUGCUGUGGGUAGUCGGCGGUCCCGGCAGCAAUAAGGCGACGUUAUGUCAACGAGCUAUAGUACAACGGCCGGGCUGGACGCAUUACAGCUUAGGCCAGCGCCUCCGCAGCUUAGCAGACGCAGGCGGGCGGCCAGCUACAGACGGCGCACUAGCCCGCACGGCCGUGAGCGGUGGCGAGCUGGCGCCCAAGGAACUGGUCAGCAAGCUGGUGAGAACAGCUGUGGCUGAAGCCGGCCGCACGGGGCAGGGACUUGUGCUGGACGGAUACCCCCGGGACUUGGAUCAGAUGGCACAGUUCCAGAAUGAGUUUCGCAUAUCUCCCCGCAUGGUCCUGCUGGACUGCUCCAAGCUGCAGCUGGGGCGCGGGCGGCGUGACGACUCCGUGGCCGCCUUCCGCCGGAGACUCGAGGUCUUCCGCGAGCUCAGCCUGCCCAUGCUCAAGACUAUGGACCAGGAUCAUCGACUGGUCAUUGUUGACGGCGACACGGACUCUCCGGAUGUGCAGGCAGAGUUCACGCGCGUGCUGCUGGAGGAGAUGGAGAAGGCGGAGGCGCUGGCCGCCAUACCGCAGCAGCAGGAACACCCACCAGCACGCACAGAUGUCUCGAGUAUGCAAAACCAGUUCGCGACGGCAGUGACUCGCAUGGGGGGAGGACUUGCCAACGGCCAUGCAAACGGCUCCGUGCCUAAUGGCAAUGCCCAUAACGGAGGCAUUGGCAACGGGGGCAUUGGUAACGGAGGCAUCGGCAAUGGAUUCAUAGGAAUGGCUGGAAAUAAGGUAAAACCAGUCCUGAACAGCGUGUCCAAGAUCCCGACGGUGUCGCAGCUGACGCACGACGACGUGCGCGCGCUGUACGAGCACGGCUCGGGGGAGAUCACGCUGAACACACACAUGUAGACACCAUAACAUAAGUUAGUUAAGGACUAUGUACCGAGGGUAGGCUACAGGGCUGUUUGAAAUUGUGGGGAAUGAUCUCGCUUUCGUGGUAUCUAUAAAAGUAAUGGAGUGAUUGCGUUGGAGGAUGAUUUAUCAGAUUUCUGUUAACCUAACACUGUCUUUACUGCACGCAUAACCGAGUGGUUUAAGUUACCACGCUCAGCCCACUUUGCGCGACGGACGUGUCGUGGGUUCGGUUUUUUUUUCGGUACAAGAA